UUGCAGUAGCCGCUCGCUCUCAGCAGGGGCUCCCUCGCCUUGCCUCCUUGUUUGCUUAGCGGCGGGCCGGCCGCAGAACUACUUUUGCGCACACAGCAGCAGCAGCAGCAAACAGCCGCGUCGCCCUCCCGGGUUUUUGUGCGCGUGUGAGUGCGCGCGCCGCACUCUCUUCCAAGGAAACCCGACGGAUUGACUGGGGCGCCCCGCGGCAGCGUGCCUGGAGGAGCCGUGCCUUUUCCGCGCAGCCCGAUCGCCCAAGGAAGAGGAGGGAUAACCGUGGGGGGGCUUGUUGACACAGGCACGAUCCCGGGAGUUGGAAUUCCCCCCACAUACACACACCACAGAAACACACACACCCAACGCGAAGGUGACGGGGGACCCUGGCGGCUGCAGCUGGUGCAAAAGAGUGCUGUGCGCGGAAGAGGCUCUGCUACUUAACUGCUUUAACGUCCCUUAUUAUUGUCCUGGAUCAAGAAGGGAGAAGACGACUCGAUCCACCACCCCUGCUCUCUUCCGCUUCUUCCCCGGUCCACUUUCGCCGGAGAUGGCAUUUUGGCUUGAGGUCCAUUGACUGAGAAGAGAAAUGAAGCCCAGGCAGUCCAGAUGGUUGCCUGAACCCCAGGUAUCCCACUCAUUUCUGGCUGCAGCUCUAAGCUAUUUACCAGCAGACUUUCAACUGCUGCCGUUGCAUCGAUUGUGGACUCCUGCCAGAACUUGCCUAUAGGACUCAGAAUGAGUAUGAUGCCUCUGGGGGUACUCCUUCUUCCUGCUCUGUGUUUCCUGGGGGCAGUUAUUCCGCCGGGACUACAGUAUGCCACCUUUUCGCACAACGCCACCAAAUUCCUCCAUCUGAUCAUGGAUCCCAACUCGGGGACUCUCUACCUGGGGGCUACAAACUUCCUCUUCCAGCUGACGUCGGGCCUGGCUCUGGAGGAAGCCGUCUCUACCGGGCCCUCUUUGGACAGCAAGGAUUGCCUCCCGCCCGUCACCAAGCACGAAUGCCCCCAAGCGCAGGAGACGGACAACUACAACAAGCUCUUGCUGGUCAACUCGCCGAAGGAGGAGCUCAUCGUGUGCGGCAGCGUGUGGCAGGGCAUCUGCGAGAAGAGGAGACUCGGCUUCAUCGACCGCAUCCUCUUCCAGCCCCAGACGCCGGGGGACACCCAGUACGUGGCAGCCAACGACCCUAACAUCUCCACCGUGGGGCUGAUCGGAUAUGCCAAAGACAACAUGCCGCUGCUCUUCGUGGGCCGGGGGUACACCAGCCGGGGGGUGGGGGGCAGCAUCCCGCCCAUUACGACUCGCAAUCUCGGGACCCACCCUGGGCAAGACCCGCACUCCAUCUUCUCCUACGAGGAAACGGCCAAGCUGGCCGUGGGCCGUCUCUCGGAAUACAACCACCACUUUGUCAAGUCGUUCACGCACGGCUCCAGCGUCUACUUUCUGUUCUACCGGCGGGACCUAAAGUCGCACUCGCGCGAGUACCGCACCUACAUUUCCCGCAUCUGCCUGGAUGACGUGCACUAUUACUCCUACGUGGAGCUGCCCUUGCUCUGCCGGAGUAAAGGGAAGACGUACAGCCACCUCCAGGCCGCCUAUGUCUCCCAGCCGGGCGGAGAAGGCGGUGUCGGCGGAGCCCGGGGAGACGUGCUUUUUGUUGCCUUUUCCGCCUGGCAGGCUUCUUCCGGGAAGCUGAGCGAGGAAUCUGCACUCUGCAUUUAUACGAUGGACGAGGUGGAGCGCCUCGCCACGCGGACCAGGGACCUUUGCUACACCAAGGACGGGAAAUCGGAGGAAGGUGUCGAGGUGGCUUAUAUAGAGUACGACGUCAGCUCCAACUGUGUCCAGCUGUCAGCGGAUACUUUGGAUGCCUACCCUUGUGGCUCAGACCACACCCCCAGUCCAAUGGCCAGCCGUGUGCCUCUUGAAGCAGAGCCCAUCUUGGAAAAGCCGAACGCCCGCCUGACUGCUGUGGCCGUCAGCAUUGAAGAUGGGCACACUGUCAUCUUCCUGGGAGACAGCAAAGGCUGCCUGCACAAGGUGUACUUGGGACCUACGGGAGACGCCAACCUGUACGCUUCUCUAGUGAUACAGCCAAACAGUGCCGUGAGUGGAGACCUCCUCUUCGACCUGCCCAAGAAGCACCUGUAUGUCAUGACUCAGUCUAUGGUGACCAAGAUCCCCAUAUUUGAGUGUUCCCAGUACCCCGACUGCGAGUCGUGCUUGGCUCUGAGGGACCCCUAUUGUGGCUGGUGCGUCCUCCAAGGAAGGUGCAGCCGUCGCUCUGAGUGCUCCAGGUUUAAAGUGAGUGAGCAGUGGCUGUGGGGCUUUGAGUCCACCCAGCAAUGUCUCUCCGUCCAGUCCCUGAGCCCGGCCAACAUCAGCAGAGAAGAGCAGAAAAACGUAUUCCUCACUCUUUCGGAUUUGCCGGCCCUGCUGGACGGAGAGUCCUACACGUGUUUCUUUGAAGAGUAUGAGAGCCCGGCAGUGCCGAUGGGAUCAGGCAUCAUGUGUCUUUCACCAGAUCCCAGCCAUGCGCCAGUUUUGAAAGCAGGGACAGACCACGUAACCAUUCAGCUGAUGGUGCGCUUCAACGACGUCUUCAUUACCUCAACGCCUUUCUCCUUCUACGACUGCAGGGCGGUGGCUCUUCUGAGGAAAUCGGCACCGUGCCAGGGAUGCGUGAGCAGCCACUGGGGAUGCAAUUGGUGCGUCCACCAGCACCUCUGUACACAUAAAGAUGCCUGCGAGAAAGGAACCGUUAUCUACAAUGAGAGGGCUCAAAUACCAGCCUUUACCCCAUGGCCUUCUGCGGCCACCGCAGACGCAGCAGUGUCGCCCUCGUCUCCUCCGACCACGGCCACCGAACCCGCCAUUCUCCUGGCCACGCCUGCGGCCACCUCCGCUCCUAGUCCUACCACCAUACCUGCCGUCCCCCUCACCACCCCGCCGGCCACUCCUGCCACGACCCCUCUGCCUCCGGAAACCCCCAGCCCCACGCAUGCACCAGCCCCGACCACCGGAACGGCCUCUUCGCUGGGGACGGACGCUCUGACGCUGCCUCCAACCGACGUGCCUACUACCGCCAGCCCUACCUCCGAGGCCGUCUCCAGCGCCCAGCCGGAGACAGAAGGCCCCGUGACGCACUCUACCUCUGAGCCGGUCCUUGGCCCCGAAGACUGGUCCACGUCCCCUCCUGCCACUGUGGCUGACAGCAACCUGUGGCCUCAUGUGGAGGCCCAGACGCCUUCCCCAGAUGCCGAAAACUCGACGGUUCCAUCGCCUGCCCCUGAGGCCCACACCUCUCCCGUCCCGACUUCCCUCGCCCCCAACCAGACAGGAAGCGCCCCCAACUCUUCGGCUGACUUGCGUCCGGAAGAUCUGGAGACGGAGCUCGCGACUUCUGAGGCGCCCCCUGCUACGGGCUUUCCCGACUGGCCUCCGGGGGACCAGUCUGAGCUCGAGGACAGUGCGGAAUGGAUGGAUUCUCUGCCGCCCGAGAACGACACGUCCUCCUCCUCUGCCUCCAUCCUUCUCUCGGGCGACGGGGACUCCUCGGAGAGCGACAUCUCCGAUAUCCCCAGAAUCCUCAACCCGGCUGACUACCAGUACGACGCGCCUGGGUUCCUCGACUUGAAUGAGGAGCUGAACCAGGGACCGGAAGCCUGUCCCUGUGUGCGGGGCAUUCAGGGGUCCUCGCUGAUGCCCGUCAACGUGCAGAGAAAGAUCACACUGAUAGGGAGCAACUUCCACCUCUACCAGGAUAAUCUAUGGGAAUAUGAAUGUGUGUUGGUCCUGGAAGGGAAGACCUUGAGCGUGGAGGCGUAUAUCGAACAGGAUGAAAGCAAUCCAUCCCUUUGCUACAUCACAUGCCAGCUGCACCAGUACAGCUACUCAGCCCCCCAGCUCGAAUUCAGUGCCGUGAUUUUCGUGCAGCGGAAGAGGCGCCUGCGUGUGGACAGCGUCGAUGAUCUCCACGUGACCCUGUACAAUUGUUCUGUGGGGCAUUUGGACUGCAGCCGCUGCCAGACCGCCGAUGCCAAGUACGGCUGCGUGUGGUGCAGUGGGGAGCAGCCCAGCUGCCUGUUCCACGACUCCUGCAAAGAAGAGGUGGCGGACACAUGCCCAGCUCCCCUGAUUCACGCCGUUUAUCCUUUAACUGGACUGGUUGAAGGGGGUACCAGAAUCACCAUCACCGGCUCAAACCUUGGUCAGAAGCACCAGGACAUUGCUGGGAGAGUCACCGUGGCCGGAAUCCCCUGCGAGGUUGAUGCUCUGGUGUAUGAAAUCUCUAGCAGUAUCGUGUGCACCACGGGCGGAAGCGGCGUAGAGAGGUCUGGGCACGUGGUCGUGGAGGUUCCCGGAGGAGGACAGGGAGUUUCUGGACAUGUGUUUACUUACCAGAACCCAGAGCUGAAAUCCAUUUACCCAACACGAGGCCCCAAGGCUGGAGGAACCUGCCUCACACUGACGGGAUCCAAGCUGCUGACUGGCAACCCCAGCAAAAUCAGCAUUCUGGUCGGACGCUUUCCCUGCUAUAUUCAUUCUGAAGUGCAAGAGAAGGAGCUGCAGUGCCUGACUAGCGCCAGUAACGCAUCUGUGGAACUCAACGUCACAAUCAAGUACGGGGAUAAGGAACGGAGUUUGGAGCACCCCCGCUUCAAAUACACCCUGGACCCCAACAUCACGUAUGCAGAACCAGCCAAGAGUUUCCAGAGCGGUGGGAGGGAGAUCCGAGUUCGUGGGCACAACCUUGAUGUCGUGCAGUGGCCCAAAAUCCGCGUCACGGUUUCUCCGCUGGAGCGCCGACGCCGGGGCUUGAGCAGGUGGCGCAGAAUUAUUCCGGAGACAGAAUGCCCUGAGAAUGCCCUCUGCAGCGUCCAGCAAUUUGAAGAGCCCUGCGAGGUCAACUCCUCUAGCCUCAUCCUGUGCAAAACGCCUGACAUUAAGCAGCUUUCUCUCUCCAUGCAAGUGAAGCUGGAGUUUGUCCUCGAUAACCUCAGUUUCGACUUCAACUCCGUGCAUCCGAGCGGCUUCUCCUAUGAGGUGGAUCCCGUCCUGCACCCCCUCAAUAUGGAUGACCACACCAAGCCCUAUCGUCACAAGCCUGGAAGCGUCAUCUCUGUGGAGGGGGAGAACCUGGACCUGGCCAUCUCCAAAGAGGAGGUGAAAGCCAUGAUCGGAGUCGGCGUCUGCUCGGUCAAGACCCUGACGAAGAACCACCUCUAUUGCGAACCCCCCGCCGAGCAACCAGCCCCUCUGCACCGGGCCAAGCGGGAGGGCACAGACUCUUUGCCAGAGUUCACAGUUCAAAUGGGCAACAACCAAUUCCGCCUGGGCCGUGUGCAAUAUGACACAGAGAGUCAGCUGACCUUUCCUGUAGAGGCCCAGAUUGGCUUGGGGGUUGUCGCCUCCUUUGUUGCUCUGAUCGUCCUCAUCAUCGUCUUCAUCUACAGGAGGAAGAGCAAGCAGGCCCUGAGGGAUUACAAAAAAGUUCAGAUCCAGCUGGAAAAUCUGGAGACGAGUGUCCGGGACCGGUGCAAAAAAGAAUUCACUGACCUCAUGACGGAGAUGAUGGACCUCACCAGCGACUUGGUUGGCACCGGGAUCCCCUUCCUGGACUACAAGUCCUAUGCAGAGCGUGUCUUCUUCCCAGGCCACCGCGAGUCGCCGCUGCAAAGGGACCUGGACGUGCCAGAAUGCCGGAGGCAGACGGUCGAACAGGGCUUGGUGCAGCUCUCCAACCUCCUCAACAGUAAGCUCUUUCUCACCAAGUUUAUACACACCUUGGAGAUCCAGCGCACUUUCUCCCCAAGGGACCGGGCCUACGUUGCGUCUCUUCUCACAGUCUCGCUGCACGGGAAACUCGAGUACUUCACAGACAUCCUCAAGACCCUCCUGAAUGACCUGGUGGAGCAGUAUGUCGCCAAGAACCCCAAACUGAUGCUGAGAAGGACAGAGACGGUGGUGGAGAAGCUGCUGACAAACUGGAUGUCCAUCUGCCUAUACACGUUCGUGAGGGACUCUGUUGGAGAGCCUCUCUAUAUGCUCUUCCGGGGCAUAAAGCACCAGGUGGAUAAGGGGCCAGUGGACUGGGUGACGGGAAAGGCGAAGUACACCCUGAAUGACAACCGCCUUCUCAGAGAAGACCUGGAAUACCGCACACUGACCUUGACAGCCUUGCCUCAAACUGGAAGCACGGUGGGAGGACCAGAGGGCUCCCAGGGGGUGUUGGUGAAGGGGCUGGAUUGCGACACCAUCACCCAAGUGAAGGAGAAGAUUCUCGACCAGGUCUACAAAGGGACACCUUACUGCCACCGGCCAGACCCAGACACGCUUGACUUGGAGUGGAGAUCAGGUUUGGCUGGGCACCUCAUCCUCUCCGAUGAGGACGUGACUUCUGUUGUCCAGGGCACCUGGAAGCGUCUCAACACACUGCAACACUACAAGGUACCCGAUGGAGCCACUGUUGCUCUUGUCCCCCGUAUGACCAAGCAUCUUCCCAGGGAGAAUCAGGACUAUAUCCCUGGAGAGAAGACCCCAAUGCUGGAGGAUGCUGAUGAGGGUGGGAUGAAGCUCUGGCACCUGGUGAAACCGACAGAGGAGCCUGAGCUGCCUAAACAUCGGCGAGGGAGCGUCCGGGAGAGAGAGAGGGCCAAGGCUAUUCCUGAGAUCUAUCUCACCCGCCUCCUCUCCAUGAAGGGGACGAUGCAGAAGUUUGUAGACGACCUGUUCCAGGUGAUCCUCAGUACCUCCCGCCCCGUCCCGCUGGCUGUGAAGUACUUCUUUGACCUGUUGGAUGAUCAAGCGCUGAGCCAUGGGAUCACGGACCCAGAGACCAUCCACAUCUGGAAGACAAACAGCCUUCCCCUGAGGUUCUGGAUCAACAUAAUCAAGAACCCCCAGUUCGUAUUUGAUGUGCAGACGUCGGACAAUGUGGAUGCUGUGCUGCUGGUCAUCGCUCAGACCUUCAUGGACUCCUGCACUCUCGCUGACCACAAGCUGGGCCGGGAUUCUCCAAUUAACAAGCUUCUCUACGCCCGCGACAUUCCACGUUACAAGCAGAUGGUGGAAAGGUACUAUGCAGAUAUCCGACAAACCAUCUCUGCAAGUGACCAGGAAAUGAAUUCCGCCCUGGCUGAACUCUCACGAAAUUACUCAGGUGACCUCAAUUCCUUGGUGGCUCUGCAUGAACUCUACAAGUACAUCAACAAGUACUAUGACCAGAUCAUCACCGCCUUGGAGGAGGACCCGACGGCGCAGAAGAUGCAGCUGGGCUACCGCCUGCAGCAGAUUGCUGCCGCCGUAGAGAACAAAGUCACGGACUUGUGAUGUGCACAAGGGGACAGUCAGCCAGGAGGGGGGAGGGGGCAGAUGGCACCUGCUGCAGCCGGGACAAGGCACGCCACACCGACGACGUGGAAGGAGGGAGGAGCAGCAGCAGCAGACCAGGAAAUGCCAAGCGCCGCGGAGGGCCGAGGGUGCCAGAGAACUUUAUUCUUCUUUUUUCCUUUUUUUUUUUGCAACAAUAAUGAUGAUGGUAAUGGACUUUAGGGGAGUGUCUCCCUCCUCAGAAGCUGUGGGCUUCUCCCAUUCAGCUUGAGCCAGGAGGCCGGGAGUUACGGAUGUGCCAAGAGGGUUAGAGACUAGUGUAGCCACGCAGGCGGCGAUUUUUUUGCCUCAACGCCUGAAGCCAAGGCUCAGGCAGCAGCCUCUGGAUUUGGGCGAGCUUCCUCCAGGCUCCCUUUCGCCCUGAGAGGAGAGAGCAUCCUACUGCCUAAGCAAUCAGAGAAGGGGGGGGAGCAUCUCUUCAGCAGUGCCCUUCCCUGGCACAUCAAAGCAGACUGGGACCAAGCGAAAGGGAAGAGGCUGAGGAUGGAGGACAGAGGAGCCACCGCCGGGCUGGGAAAGGCCUGCCACUAGCUGGGACCCCGCCGAGAUUCCUGGAACAGCGCCUGCCUUGCUCACUCACCCACACCUGGUUGGGAGGCCCUUGCCAAGCACAGAGCCUGUCCUGCUCCCCAGAAAGCACAAAGGAGACCUUGCUUCCCUCCGACUGCCUCGCCCCCUCCUGUUUGCUGCUGUUUGGGGGGAAACGGACCUCUGGAUCGCACUGUAGAGCUGCAGAGAGGGGGAGCCUUUCCUCCCCUCUCCCGCUCCUCUUUUGAGUUAGCACUUCUCCUCAAGUAAACACCCUCUUUCCUCGUGUUCCUGUCUCUCUCACGCCAUGGCUUUGCUCUGUCCAACGCCACACCCCCUUCCCCACGGGGGUCUUUCCUGGGUCUGCCAGAGGCAGCUCAGAAUUUUUUCUGCACCAGUUGGCCGUGCCUCUGGCUUCCCCCAAGGCCCAUUGUGACGGCUUUUGCUGUUUCUCUGCCUGCAGUUCGGUUGCCAAUACUUCGCCGGAUUCUCAUUCUGUGUCUUUGAGAGCUGCUUGAUCUGCAACAAAAGUUGCUAGGCGACCACUCCCGUCAUCGUCCCUGACCAUUGGCCAUGCUGUCCUCGGGCUGAUGGGAGUUGGGUCACUUCCAGACAUUCUGUUUAUUUACUUGGGAUUUGUUUGCACAAAAAAUGUGGGGAAGCUAGACAACCUCAGCUGUUUAUUUAGCAUUCCAAUUUUUUUUUAAUUUCACAAUAUCAUACCACACUUCCCAGUGCAUUUUCCUGUCACUUUCCCUAUUACAAAAAAAAGAAGAUUUGGGGGUGGGAAUGAGGUUCUCCAGCAAGAGCUCCAAAUCAGAUUUAUUUACCCAACAUGAAUUUGUCCAUAAGUGAUUGAAUCUCACCCAGAGGUGUUAGUGGUCUGGGAUGGUGUGAAGCGUCAAAGGCCUGUUACGAUUUCUGCAGCAGGGUCUCUGUCUCCAGGGUCCUGAAGCCACAGGAAAGGGAAGUCUAUUAGCUACUUGGAAGAAGUCUUCUCACCCUUCGUGCUGAUUGGAGGGAAAGGAAGUGAGCCACCCAUGGAGGAUUGGCUCCCGGGGUCAUUCUUUAGGAGCACUGAGAACACAAGCUGCUUCAGUUUCGGGAGAAUCUCGUGCAUGUUCCGUAAUGUACAAAUACAGCUUAAGUCGCUCCAGAUACUGGAGCACUCCAAAUGAUUUGCCAGUGUACGAGCAAAGGAAACACAUGGAGAUCUGCCCUUAUCAUUGCAAUGCACCCCUGAUUAUUAGUAGUAUUGUAUAAUUAUAAAGUUAUGCAGCCUUCUUAGAAGGGAGCGUGCCAGUGCCUAUGGUGAAGGGGCCCUACACUUCUGCAUUUGCCACUGCACUGCUGAUCCCGUCCCAAAAUAGCAGCAGUCUGGAAGCGCCCUUGAACUCCAGCAACAUCUGGAAGGUCGCAGGUUCCCACCGCCAACCUACAGGCAUCAGCAGGAGGCAAUAUUUAUCCCCUGCUGAUUUAAGCUGCAAGCCCAGGUGGCUUGCGGCUUGACAGUAAGAGCUGUUCGGCAGUGGAAUUUGCUACCAAGGAGUGUGGUGGAGUCUCCUUCUUUGGAGGUCUUUAAGCAGAGGCUUGACAGGCAUAUGUCAAGAAUGCUUUGGUGGUGUUUCCUGCUUGGCAGGGGGUUGUACUGGAUGGCCCUUGUGGUCUCUUCCAACUCUACGAUUCUAUGAUUCUAUGAGUUAUUUCCCAGUCAGUUGACAACUCUACCUUACUUAGGUUAGCUGAAAAGGAACGAUCACUUGAAGCGCUGUUGAAUCAUUCCAUGUCAUUCCUCACAGCGGGGAAAGAAACCCUGGAUUGUGGUGGUUUCUUUCUCCCCUUUAUUGCCUCUGCAGUUUUAGUUCGGCUUCUCCUUGUAUGUUUGCAGCCCACACAAAACAGCAUUAAUGCCACAGUUUCGGGCGAGAUCCAGCCACAGUAAACCGUUCCAAACUGCCGCUUUGCAUCGUAGGCUCUGGCCCACUUCCUUGCAAGCCGUGGGGGAAGGAUUUCCAUCUCUUUACUUUGGCAGGGCUCCUGCUCCUUCAACAGCUGCGCAGUCAGGCAACGAAACAGAAGAGGUGGCAUGUUUCCCUUGGAUUAGGCUCUGUUGCAGAUAGAUGCCCAGCUUUUUUUAGUCCGGCUUCCUAGAACACUCCAGUGAGCUUUUAUGGAGAGUUCUGUGCAAUUUUAAAAGAAUGCCUAUGCCAGCAUCAAAAUAGGUCAACAAGAGCCAUAUGAGGCGAGUUGUGGGACAUCCAUGAAUAGCAUAUAUCUUCGACCCUUGUUGUAAUUUAAAAGCAGGCGCAGAGUGGGAGGAGGAGUCAGCUUAAGAGUCGCAGUGCUUGUUCGCCUUUCUCAACUGUGCCAUUUCCCUGAUUUUAACCCCCCCCCCAAAAAAAGCUGCUACUUGCCCUGUGGCAGGUAGACUUCCAGGUACCAUACAGGUGGGCUUGCAUAUUUUAAGCUGCAGCAGGAACAAAUCAAACACCAGCCUCGGGGAAGGGGAUUUGAAUUGAGGAAAUGGCACAAGCACGAAAAGGCCAGCUCCCUCCCUCCCGUCUGUUAGCACCAAGGUCUGAAUUCGAAUCGCCUUUUUCUCCUCCCCGACUUUUUAAAAUGCAGGCGAGUCUGUUCACGGAUCUCCUUGCAUCAUGCCUUAAGAGAUUCAAAGGCUGGUGCCACCUUGGUAGCACAGGUUUUAGGAAGAGCACCUUUUGCCAGCUCCGGCACCGCUGGCUCAGAUCAGAGCCUAGCCAUAACACUCUCCAGGUGCCUUAAGCCAGCCGCUUGAACUCCCAACGCUCCAGGAACGCCGAUAAUUGCACUGGUAUGCCUUGCAUAGCUGUUGUAAGGAUUGCUGAGAUUAUGUGUGUCACACAUUUCGGGAAAAGGCCGCAUCGGCCUCCUCCAGUCUGAUGCCCUCCAGAUCCAGCCAACAUGGCUGUCCAGCCAUACAUAUUCCCACCUGUUAUCUCAGUCUAGUCAUUAAUACCUCAGGUGAGAGCACAACCCUGCUUGGAAGCCAUGCCCUUUGACCUGGAACAACCUCCCCCCAAAUUUCAGGUAGCUCAGAGCGGGGCUGGUUUUACUCUGGGUAGGGAGCACAUUGUACAUGCUCAGCAGGCCUCUCUUGCUCCUUUUAUUAUUCCCCUGUUCCAUGGUUAAAACCAGGCUCGUAACUUGGAGCCUUAGUCUUCAGCUCCGAAUUUGUCCCGUAAAGAUUUGUACCACGAAAAGUGUAUAUCGUGCACAGACAGAUUAUUGGGCGCCCAUUUCCUUUUCCAGAAUGGGGUGGCCUCUUGUCACCGCAUUACGAGACAAAAUUGCCAUUACCUUCCAGCUGACUCUCGUCAACCUACAGCAACUUACCUCUUUAGCCCCGCUGCCCAAGGAUAAGAAUGUAAGAAAGAGCCAAAGGUUUGUUUACUCCAGUAUACUUCUCUUCCCCCCCCCCGCCCCAAAGUGCCCAACCAGGUGUCUCUGGAAGGCCACAAGCGAGACGCAAAGGGCAAUAUCCAUUUCCCGUUGUUGCUCCCUAGCAGUUGCUAGAGAGACGCCUCUGAAUCCAGGAGCUCCGUAUUGUAAUCCCUCCUAUAAUAAAACUGCAAAGCUAAGCAGGGUCCGGUAUGGUUUCAAAUUGGAUGGGGAGACAACCACCCAAUUGAGAUUCCUGCAUUGCAAGGGGUUGGGAGUGAAGGACCCUUUCCAACCCUAUGAUUCUAAUCAUGCCUAGGAGCUUGUGGUUCUUGAGAGAGGAAGGCAGCAGAGUCAGUUCUGGGUCAAGCCAAAAGCCCAUCUAGUCUGUUCUCCGAGUGCCUGCGGACACGAAUACACAAGCAUUCUUCAUGAACGGUAUCCCAAGCGUGAAGAAGCACCUUGUUUUGUCCUGGAUUGUCCAGGUUCUAGUACUUUCAAUGCUCUCUUUCCAGGUUCUAGUAUUAAGAGAUGCUUUCCCCCACACCCUGUACCCUCUUGCGUACAUCAGUCCUUUCCUCACCUCGGGAUGCCUCCAAUCCUGUGGGGUGCUCUGAGCAAAGUGAGAGGGGAGCAUUGUUUGAGGUGGUGAGCCCUCUUAGGGGGUCCCAGCACCCACUGCCUUCUGUGGAUGCUAAAAAGGCGUUUGGGUGCAGCAGUGGUAAAUCUGGUGCUUACUCACAACCCCAGGGAUCCUCCUCUAGUGGCAAUGGCCAUUCAGAGACUGAAAAGCGGCAGCUGUCCAUUGUGGAAAGUGGUCCCUGCACAACUCGGCUUGCCCAGGGGAGCAUGUCGUAUAUUUAGCACUAUCUUAAGAAAGGUGGAGCUCCUCUGCCUCUCGGCUCCUUGACCCGUCUCGUGUCCUGUAGCCCACCCUUCCUGUGCCACGCACGAGAGUCACGUGUGCUCUUGCAACAAGCAGAAGGGAAACAGAAUGCCAACUUCUUCUUUUAACUGUCUCUGUUGUGGUGUGUUUUUGACACCAGCCCAGUCUCUGCAAGCGCUGGUAGGUGACCGAGCUUCUUGGACAUUUCCUCAGGUUAUAUGUCUUGGCAGCUCGGCCCCCCCAAGAGAUUUCCAUUGCAGCGUAAACAGCGGUAGGAACUUCUACAAGGGGGGAAUAAAUUCUGUAGGAAGAAACUGCUCUUGGCCCCUGCCACAGCUCAGUGACGGAGCACCUGCUUUGCAUGCAGAAGGGUUUGAUCCCCGGCAUCUCCAGGUAGGCCUGAGAAAAUGCCUGCCUGAAAUCCUGGGCAGCCACUGCCAGUCAGUGUAGAGUCUAUUGCCUGCACUGUAGACCAGGCAUCCCCAUCCUUUGGCCCUCCAGAUGUUUUGGACUACAAUCCCCAUCAUCCCUGACCACUGUUCCUGUUAGCUAGGGAUCAUGGGAGUUGUAGGCCAAAACAUCUGGAGGGCUGCAGGUUGGGGAUGCCUGCUGUAGACAAUGCUGAGCUAGAUGGAGCAAUGGCCUGACUCAGUGUAAGGUAGCUUCUUUUUGGGCAAGGGCUGCCGGAGGUGGGUGGGUUGGACUCUGCCUGUGUUUCUUUUCUAGUCUCUUGCAUCCCUGGUGCUCAGCAUCUCACUUUCCCUUUUUUUUCUCCCAUUCUGGCCCAGCUCCGUAAAUGCACUCUCUCGCUCUCUCAACUGAUUAAUAAUAAUAAUAAAUUCUCCAAUCUGGAAAGCUUGAUGGACAAACCAGCCAGCCUGAUUUUGUUGUUGUUCCAUAGUAUAAUAAUGUUAUUGUAGAUACUGUUCCGAGCAAAGUAGGAGUUUUAUCAUCAAAUGAGAAGUUUUGUCUGUAAAUAAUCAGUUUAGAUCCCAGAUGACUUUAUUACAGAGCAAAAUUCUUACACGGUAAUUCAAUAAACUUUAAUAUACAACACAGAAGAAGGCUCGAGUUUCCAGUUCCUUAAUGAUGUGGGAGGUCUGAUUGCCUUUUUUAAAAAAAAAAUUGGCGCUGCUCCUGUGCUUUUAACAGAAGGAUACAUAAAUUUAGAAACUGCAUUUUUCCUAGACUGUAUAUUCUGCUGCGGAAAACCUCACCAGCUUAAUUUCUGUGCCACACUACUGUUAAAAAAGCAGAGGAUCAAAGCUGUGUGUGUGUGUGUGUGUGUGAACAAACCUUAUUGUGGGAGGCCACCAGCCAAGAUGUGGGCCUGGAAAAACUCAUCACUUAACUGGUACUAUUAAGAACAGAAGAGCCCUACUUAGCCUGCUGUUCUCUUAGCAGCUAACCGGAUGCCUGUGAGAAGCCAGCACGCAGGACCCGAACUCACAACCACCACUCUUCCCACCUGCGAUUCCUAGCAAUUGGUAUUGAGAGGACGACCAUCUCCCAGCAGUGCCAGCAUGGCCAACUUGGAUGGCUUUUUAGAGAGAGUUAGACACAUGUAUUGAGGAUAAGGCUAUCAAGGACUACUGGCCAUGUAAUUACACUGGUGAAAGCAGAUGGACUUCAGGGAAUCCUAGAUCCUAGGCAUC